UUGCCGCCACGCUCGAUUUCAAAGAAAACCCACGUCUGAGAUUCACGAUGGAUUCGUCGAACGAAAUCAAAAGAACCACCAAAUGAACGGGGCGUUAAAUUGAUAAUGAAAUAGGCCGGGUAAUCUCAUUAUAUAACAAUUCGUUUAAUUCAGUGUUUAUUCGCUGAUAAUCCAUUAACCACGCUAGUUGAUUAUCGCGCGGCAUUAUGGACACUUGUGGCUCGCCUCAGAGACUGGCACUCAUUAAUAUAUAAACGCCCAAUAAAAGAAGGAGAAGGAGCCGUCCGCCCUGCGUUGCUUUAAGCUGAAAGCGAUUCGGCUGCCGCACGUUUUCACUCUGCCUCUCCCGUCGCGUCGGCAAAUCGGCGGAGUGCCCUGCGCCCGUGACGAGCCGCUGACUCUGCCGCCCCGACCGCACCACUGAGAGAGACCCGGUAAGAAAAGAGAGAGGAGGAAUAAAACAGCCCCACAGAGCGGAGCAGCCGUGCAAGGUGACGCCUCAUCCGGCGGCGCGCGCUCAGCAUCCCAUUCGGCGUUACGGAGACAGGCGCGAGGCUGGGAAAAUGGAGGUUCCGCGCACGGGACACAGCGCGAGCAGCCCGACGAGCCCGUGCGAGGACAUGAUCAAGAACCUGAGUCUGGAAGCCAUUCAGCUCUGCGACAGGGAAGGAAAUAAAUCACAGGAUAGCGGGAUUGCAGAGAUGGAAGAGCUUCCCGUCCCACAGAAUAUCAAAAUAAACAACAUCACGUGUGACUCCUUCAAGAUAUCCUGGGACAUGGACUCUAAAGCCAAGGAGCGCAUCACGCAUUACUUCAUCGAUCUCAACAAGAAGGAGAACAAGAACUCAAAUAAAUUCAAACACAAGGACGUCCCGACAAAGCUGGUGGCCAAGGCUGUCCCUCUUCCCAUGACCGUCCGGGGGCACUGGUUCCUGAGCCCACGCACCGAGUACACUGUGGCCGUCCAGACGGCUGCCAAGCAGAGUGACGGAGACUACGCCGUUUCGGAGUGGAGUGAGAUCAUUGAGUUCUGCACUGCAGAUUACUCCACGGUCCAUCUCACGCAGUUGCUAGAGAAGGCCGAGGUGAUCGCGGGGAGGAUGCUGAAGUUCUCCGUGUUUUAUCGCAACCAGCAGAAGGAGUACUUUGACCAUGCCAGGCAGGCCCAAAACAACAAGAUGCUCCCAUCCGUGAAGGACAACAGCGGCAGUCACGGCUCUCCCAUAAGCGGCAAGCUGGAGGGCGUCUUCUUCAGCUGCAACACCGAGUUCAACACCGGCAAGCCCCCUCAGGACUCCCCCUAUGGGAGGUACCGCUUCGAGGUGCAGGCUGAAGUCCUGUUCAACACAAAGACCAACCUGUACUUCGGGGACUUCUACUGCAUGUACACGGCCUACCACUACGUCAUCCUGGUGUUGGCCCCCGACGGUUCGCCGGGCGACGAGUUCUGCAAGCAGCGACUUCCCGCACUGGACAUCGCCGACAACAGGUUCCUGACCUGCACUGAGGAAGAUGGCCAGCUGGUGUUCCACCACGCCCAGGACGUCAUCCUGGAGGUCAUCUACACCGACCCGGUGGACCUGUCCCUGGGGACUGUCGCCGAGAUCAGCGGGCACCAGCUCAUGAGCUUGUCCACGGUCAACGCCAAGAAAGAUCCCAGCUGCAAGACCUGCAACAUCAGCGUGGGCCGCUAAACCCCCCCCCCCCCGCCCAGCCGUCACCCUCGGGAAACAUCCUCCAGAGAUUGUCUAACCCCUUUAAUGUCCAGUCAGCCCCAGACUUCAUAAACAGCAUGCAUUCACAGCUUUCAACCAAACAGCCGUCUAUUCAUUUGCCCGUUUUAUUUAGCUUUUUUUCUUUUCUUUUCAUUUAACAAACACCUGUUCUGGGUAAAUGUGUUCCUAUUUUUCUAUCUUUUAUGGAGGUAUUUGUGAAGUCCCUGCCAAGUCAAACAGUAACUCUGCUUUUUCCUCCCUGGCUAUGAUACUUAUAACAGAAAAUACUGCGAUAUUAGAGCUGCGAUGUAAUGUUUGCCAAGGGUAAUAAAAACUGAUCAAACCGCUGUAGUAAAGCAAUGGUAACAGCUUCUAAAAGGAAUUACACAAAUCCGUAUUAACAUUAUCUUGUGAUUAAAUUAUAAUUACCGGAUAAUAUAUGAGCAUGAUAGGUUGUACCUGCAGCAUGAAUUUAACAAACAAAACCUAGAAAUGUGACAACCUCCGCCAUGUUGUUCUGCAGUGUUAAAUGUUAUUUAUUCUAGAAACCAUAUACUGUGUUAAAACAUAAUAAAUGUGAUAUAAAAAUAUUUAUUUUUACUGUUGUAUACAAAACAGAGAAACCGGAAGGAGAGAGGAAAGCAGGGGAUAGGCCGAUGGGGAGGAACAGCAGCAGCAGGCACAAUUUGCGGUAAAGAAAUAAGCUACCGCUAACAUUAAUAAACUAGCUAAACGCUAACAUUCCUUUUCAGCAGAUGUAACCAUAAAGCAACACAAUCCAGACGGUGGCCGAUCUAAUAUCGCAUUUCGUACAGUUGCAGCACAGUAGACUUAAAUAGCCUUGUACUGGACGGCAUGCAGAAACGACAACAUGGCUCACAGUUACAGCUCAUCAGCAUAUUCGACUUAAAAAAAAAAAAUUUUAAAAAAUAAAUAAAAAGACUCACGGCUGUGUACAUUUCAAAGAGAAGUUUGCGAGUGCACUUGGCGCAGGGUUUCCCAAAAGGAAUCACGUCCAAGGCAAAGUUUUACUGGGAAAUUCACGGAAUGGUGACCACUUUUCAGUCCACGGUUGAAGGACGGGGGUUACAUUAUUAGGGUUUAAAACUUUUGUUUUCUGUGUUGGGCUCACUUCUUCAUCCCAUACGCCUGUAUCAUGUCAUUUGUACAUUUCUCUCAAGCUGAAAGUGGCUUCGCACGCCCCGAAGUUCACGUGCAUGAUAUAUGUAGGCUUUUUUGGAAACUGUAGCAGAAGGAUGUUGUAGAAUUGUGAUGACUGGAGGCUGUCUCCACUGCAGAAGAGCUUAAAGAGUGGUCUGCAUAUUGAAUUUCAAACACUGUAAGUUUCAGUCUUAGUCACUGGUCCCAGAAACACUGUAAAACCCAAAACCAGACAUGAGAAAAACUGCAUAUUAUUCUGACUUUGGUUUAAAAAAAUCUCUUCAGUAAAUAUAAAGUGCCAUAUUUUAGCAUAGAAUUGACUUUCCCUAAUAUCUGUUUCUGUCUCUAAAAUCUUUGUUUUUCCAAAUAAAAUAGCGUUAAACAACAA